AGAGCAACUGAUUUUGUUGUCCCGGGGCCUGGAAAAGUAGAGAUAUCCUACACGCCGAGCGAUGGAUCCCCCAAAACGACAUACCUAGUACAUAACUUCACAGAGGGUGGUGGUGUUGCCAUGGGGAUGUACAAUCAAGAUAAGGCAAUUGAAGAUUUUGCACACAGUUCUUUCCUGAUGGCUCUGUCUAAGAAUUGGCCUUUGUAUCUGAGCACCAAAAACACUAUUCUAAAGAAAUAUGAUGGACGUUUUAAAGACAUCUUUCAGGAGAUAUAUGACAAGCAGUACAAAUCUCAGUUUGAAGCUCAGAAUAUCUGGUAUGAGCACAGGCUCAUAGAUGACAUGGUGGCCCAAGCUAUGAAAUCAGAGGGAGGCUUCAUCUGGGCCUGUAAAAACUAUGAUGGGGAUGUGCAGUCGGACUCCGUGGCCCAAGGUUAUGGCUCUCUUGGCAUGAUGACCAGUGUGCUGGUUUGUCCAGAUGGCAAGACAGUAGAAGCAGAGGCUGCCCACGGGACUGUAACACGUCACUACCGAAUGUACCAGAAAGGACAGGAGACAUCCACCAAUCCCAUUGCUUCCAUUUUUGCCUGGACCAGAGGCUUAGCCCACAGAGCUAAACUUGAUAACAAUAAAGACCUCAGCUUCUUUGCAAAGGUUUUGGAAGAAGUCUGUAUUGAGACCAUUGAGGCUGGCUUCAUGACCAAGGACUUGGCUGCUUGUAUUAAAGGUUUACCCAAUGUGCAGCGUUCUGACUACUUGAAUACAUUUGAGUUCAUGGAUAAACUCGGAGAAAACUUGAAGACAAAACUAGCUCAGGCCAAACUUUAAGGUCAUUCCUCGUCUUUGGAGGAUGUGUGUUUUUGGUAACUAGGUCCACUGGUUUACAUUUUUCUCUAUAACACUCAAGAGUAAAGGCAAAAUCAAUUCUGUAAUUUGUGUAGAAGCCAGAGUUUAUCUUUUCUAUAAGUUUACAGCCUUUUUCUUAUCCAUACAGUUAUGCCACCUCUGUGAAUGUGGCAGGGGACUUUUUUUAAAUCUUAUUUUAUUUUCUACUAGUAGCCUAGGAAUUACUUUUAGUGUCCAUUUGUACUCACUGUCACUUUUCUUCAUGUUCUGAUAUAAAUGACCAAAAUGAAGAGUGCUUGAAAGGGUAAACUAUAGCCACGGUACUAUUCCCUAAAAUUGUAUAAAGUAGAAAUUCAUUCCCUUUCCCACUUUCCAUGGCCUGUGGCACUGGGUGGAUUUGAUUUAACAGAUGUCCCAUUAUGUGAGGUAGAAGCUGUACGUUAAACUUGCGCAUGACUUGGAAUGAAAAGCAUGGCUGUAACUAAAAGGUGUUGAAGACACAGUCAUCCUUGUAAAGAGCUCUAGCUGAAUGUUUCAA